UGUGGCCGGAACCCGGUGCAGGAGCCGAGCGGUUGGGCGCCGAGUUGAUUGGAAAUGUGGAAAAAUGCAGAUGACGGUCCCUGCACCUGUUUCUUCCGGGGGUUUGGGAAGCCUCUGCCCCCUUGAUGCAGAGUGAAGGCAGCUUUGGGGAAGAAGUCUUCAGAAAUUGAGUUCCCAGAACAGUUUUUGUAGCCUUUCCUGCUCAGGCUCAAGAUGCUGAGCCGUUUGUCAGGAUUGGCCAACACUGUCCUCCAAGAGCUGUCGGGGGAUGGCGAGAACGCGGAGAUCGGAGCUUUGCCGGCUCCGGGGCCAGAGUUGGAACCCAGCCAGCAGAAUGGCGAGGAGACUGCGGAGGAUGUGUUGGAACGGCUCGCCCACAUGGAGAAGCUGGUGGUGCAGCUGAAAGGUCUGGUGCGGGAAAAGGAUGCUGAGCUCCAGCAGAAGAAUGCUGUGCUCCAGGAGGAGAGGCAGACCGCAGACGCCAAGCUGGCCAAGUUGAAACUGCAGGCCAAAGCCAAAGUGGCAUCCCUGAACAAGCGCAUCGAGGAGCUCACCGAGCAGGUAAAGGGCCUGCCAGAGGAGCCAUUACCCCCUUGCAAGGGUGACCAAGAGCCGCAAAGCAAACGGCAGGAGGAAACGGAAGCCCUGCAAAAGAGGCUUCAGGAGCAGGAGGCCGAGGCUGGGAAGCUGCAGGAGCAGCUGGAGGAGGCCACAGGAAGCUUGAGAGCGGCACAGAUCCAGCUGAGCAGUUUGCAAAGGGUGAUCCAGGAGAAAGACGGCUUCCUCGAAGAGCAGGCCCGCCAGCACCAAGCCGAGCUGCACCAACUGGCAGCCCAGUCAACACUGGAAGCAGAAAUGCAGCAGAACUUGAGGCUGCUGCAGCGGAAACUGGAGGAGCAGGAGGCUGCCCUGUUGGGCCGGACUCAGGUGGUGGAACUGCUGCAGCAGGAGCUGAACAGCCUCGAGGAGCAGAAGCAGGUACCUGCGUGGAGGGGGGACGUGGCCAGGGGCAGCCGGCCGACUUGGAUAAAGCUCAACCCAGGUGGAGGUAUUGAAGAGCUGCCUGCCGGAGAGAACGGCCACCCCGAUGUUCUGCAGUACCUCUCUGCAAAGAAGCGCAAAGAUCUCUCUGUCUUGCUUGUGGAGCUGCAGGAGGCUCAAGAAGAAAUUGCUUUUUUGAAAGGGCAGAUUCCAGCCCCCGGAGAAGAUGCUCAGCUGAGAGGGGGACUGCAGGCCAGUGCUGGCGAGGAAGGAGGAGAAGGAGAAGAGGCUUGGCUUAUUCGGAGCGAUCCAAUCAGCAGUUUGUCACCGACUGUGGAGAUUCCGGAGGCAGCGCCUCCCCUGGCGGGCAUUCCCUCGGGGCAGGGCGGCCUCCUGGCUGAAGGUAGCGAGGCAUUUCCGGAGCCUUCUGAGUUGCAGCCACAGGAGCAGGAAAAGGCACCAGUUGGAAAUGCAGGGCUCCACGGCCGCUUGCAGGAAUCAGAGGAAGGCCCAAAGGAGGCAGAGGCUGAGAGACUGCAGCAGCCCUUGGCAGACUCUGGGGCCGACCUGCACGCCCUGACCCCAGAGAGAGAGCAGCCGCCGUCCCCGCUGAAGGAGCUCUGCUCCCCGGCCGACCUGAAGGAGGAGCUGAGGCAAGCGGAGGGGGACCCGGCCGAUUCGGAGCAACAGCUCCUUUCCAACUACGCCAGCGGGAUCUCCCAGCUCAGCCUGCUGGAGGAGCAGAUCCAGAGCCUGAAAAACGAGGCCGGGUCCAAGGAGGUGAAAAUCGAGGCAUUGCAGAGAGACCUGGAUGAGGCUCAGCGCCGUCUCACGGAGCAGGACCUGCUGGCCAGCAGCCUGAGGAGCCAGCUACAGGAGGAGGAGCGGGAGGGGCUUGCGCUGGCGGGACGUCUGCAGGAGGCUUCCGCAGAGGCGGAGGAGCUCUCCCAAAGCAUUGCCUCGAAGGACGCAGAGGCCGACCGCCUGCAGAAGCUCGUCUCGGAGAGGACUGCCCAGGUGGAGCGGCUUCAGCAAGCGGUGGCGGAGCGGGAGGGGCAGCUGGCGGAAGUCAGCACCAGCAUGUCCGACCGGAUGGUUCAGCUGAACGAGGAGAAGUUUGCCCUGGGGCAGGAGCUGAAGGGCCUUCGAGAGCGGCUGAGCCAGUCCCUGCAAGGAAAGGAGACGAGAGACCUGGGCGUGGGCACCGCCGAGGAGCCCGGGCAGCGGACUGAAACGGCGUCCUCGGCCGGCGAGGAGCUGGAGGCCCUGAGGAAGGAAAACGAGCAAGUGCGGAAGAAACUGCAGGCCGCCCUCGUCAGCAGGAAGGAGCUUCUCAGCAAGAUCCGCAAGAUGGAGGAACGGCCGGAGGGCGGGGAAAGGCAGCCGGCGGAGUCCAAAGCCUUGGAGGUGAGGAAUGGUGGACCCUCCGAGAUCAGCACAAGCGCAGACAGGGAGGUCGGUCCCGAAAGCCGAGGCCCGGCUGCCCCUCUGAGCCAGUCGCUCCCUGACGAGGAGGCUGAGGCGCAACUCCCACGCAGGGAGAAGGAAUCUGCCGUGGCCGAGUUGCAAGCCGUGAUCGCGGAGCUGCGGCAAAGGCUACAGGAGAAGGACAGCCUCAUCGGGGCCCUGGAAGCCAAAGCCGAGGAUCGUGGGAAGCAGCUGGGCCUGGAGGGGCACCCCCCUGAGCCAGGCCAGGAGGAGCAGUGGAGAGCUGCCAUGGAAGAGAAGGUCUCUGCUCUAGAGCAGGAGAAAGAGAACCUCCAGAAAAAGCUGGAGGCUCUGACCUCCCAGGAGGACACCAUGAAAAAGGCUCCAGAGAAGGAGGGCCAACACCGGGAGCCGCUGAGGCCGCAGCAGGAGGACUCUACUCUCCCUCAGGGGCAGUUUGAGGAGCAGAGCAAGGAAAAGGAGAGCUUCCAUGGUCCGUUCUGGCCGGAGCCGCUGGAGAACUCCUGUUUUCCCGAGCCUGGCGUAGAAGAUCUUCAAGAAGGACCUCAGGAAAUGCAGGAACCUGGCCCGGAGGCACCAGCAGUCUCCGAAACGGGACAGUUUGCGGCCUGCAGAAGCAGCCCUGCAGCUGACGACGUCUCUGUCGAACAGAUCAAGGCUGACCUCGAGAAACUCCAAGCCGAGAAAGGAGAGCUGGAAGUCCAGCUCCACCGCCUGGAAGGGGAACUCCGAAGCAAGUCGGAGGAAGCUCAGCAGCUUCAGGAGCAGACAGAGCGACUGCUGGCUGAGGCAGAGGCCGCAAAGGCGGCUUCCCACCAGGCUGAGGUCAGCGCGAUGCGCCUUCGAGCAGAGCUGGAGGAGAGCCAAGCCGAACUCGCCAGGCUGGACGGCCUGAGGCUCCAUCAGGCGAGUCAAGAAGAGCAAAAGGAACUCGCAAGGGAAGAAGAAAUCGAAGCCCUUCGCCUCCAGCUAGUGGAGAAAACGGAGUCUCUGCACAGCUUUCAGGCGCAGCUGCAGGAAAGCGAGGAGGCGGUCAAAGCCCUCCAAGGCCAGCUGGAGCGUCAGGCCCAGGAGCAAGCCCAGCACUCACAAGCCGAGCUGGCCGAAACGCAGCAGAAGUCGGAGGAGCAACCGAGGACCCAGCUGCAGCGAAAAUUGCAGGCUGCGCUCAUCUCCCGGAAGGAAGCUCUGAGGGAGACCAGGCUGCUGCAAGAGGAGCUGGCCGACACCAGGACAGCUCUGCAAGAGGCCUCCCAGCGCCUGUCGGAGGCAGAGAGCCGGGCCCACGCGCUGGAGAAGGAGAAGGGGGCCCUUCGGGAGAAGCUGGAGGCUGUCGCCGAAGAAAGGGGGAAGCUGAUUGCCGAGGUGGACAAGGCCCUGGUGGAAAACCAGAACCUCUCUGACUCCUGCGAGAGCCUGAAGCUGGCCCUGGAGGGGGUGACGCAGGAGAAGGCCCGGCUGGAGCGGGACCUGGGCGCCCGGCAGAGCUCCUGGGCCGAGGAGCUCUCCGAGUGGCAGCGGAGGCACCAGGAGCUGCAGAAGGAGUACGAGACCCUGCUGCAGUCCUACGAGAACAUCAGCAGCGGCAGAGGCAAGAGGCAGAGGAUCCAUGCUGCAUGGCGGACGGGGAAGUCCCGGGGCGUGGGGGAGGCGGAGAAGAGAGGCCUGGAGGAGCGGCUGCAGGGGGCCGAGCGCGAGAUGGAGGGGAUGAGGGAGAAGAUGCGAAAGUUUGCCAAGUCCAAGCAACAGAAGAUCCUAGAGCUGGAGGAGGAGAACGAGCGGCUGAGGGCCGAGGCGCUUCCCCCAGAGGGGGGCCCGGCACAGGAGGAAGAGAUGAGCGCCCGCCUCCGAGCAGAGCUGGAGAGCGCCAAGGAGAGCGGGCAGGCUCUUUCCAGGCAGCUGGAAGCCCUGGCGGCCGAGAAGGACUCUCUGAGCCGGGAGAUCUGCGGGUUGAAGGAGAAGCUGCGGGGCCAGGCGGAAGAGGCGGGGAGAGGCGACGUGCCGGGGGAGAUCUUGGUGCAAAGAGAGGCUGCCCCUUCCUCCCUGGGGGAGGCCUCAGAGGCUUCUGAAGGCAAAGUGGACUCGGGCGAAGCGCCUGAAGCUCCAGAGCUGGCUGCCGUGAACCUAGCUGCGGAGGAAGAAGAGGGCAAGGCGGGCCCUUCCCGCGACGACAUAAACGGGUACAUCCAACAAGUGGCACAGCUCACCCGGCGGGUCGAGCAACUGGAGCUGAUGAGGAGGGUGGAAGCGGAGAAGCUGGACCGGGUCCUGGUGGACGUGAAGGUCCUGGCAGAGGAGAAGAGAGGCUUGGAGGAGGAGCUGGCUGCGAAAGCCCAAGAACUCGCUGCGCUGCAGGAAAGAGCCCUUGGGCUGGAGCGGGCCCACCAGCAGGCGGAAGAGCAGCUCGCCAGCAUGGCGGGGUUGAAGGAAGCCCUGGAAGCCGAGAAGGACGACCUGGAGGAGAGGCUGAUGAACCAGCUGGCGGAGCUGAACGGGAGCAUCGGCAACUACCAGCAAGAUGUGGCGGAGCUCCGCGGCCGGAACCGGCAGCUUCUCGAUGAGGCGGAGGCCCUCCGAGGAGCGCUGGGCCAGCUGGAGGACGAGAAGAGGCGCCUGGCGAGGGAGAAGGCGGAUGCGGUGGCAGAGAAGAAGGAGCACGUGGAGAAGCUGAGGAGCGCCUGGAAGGGGGGCAGCGGCAGAACGCAGGCGAAAGAGCUGCAGGAGCUGCUGAAGGCGAAGCAGCAGGAGGUGAGGCAGCUGCAGAAGGACUGCAUCAAGAGCCAGGAGAAGAUCAGCAGCUUGGAGAGGACCAUCAAGGCCCUGGAGUUUGUCCAGAGCGAGUCUCAGAAGGAGCUGGAAGCCGCCAGGAGGAGCUUGGCCAAGGCGGGAGAUGACACCAAGAAGGUCCAGGCUGAGCUGAGCUCCUGCCGAGUCCUGCUGGACGACACUCAGAGCGAGGCCGCCCGAGUCUUGGCCGAGAGCCUGAAGACCAAAGAGGAGCUCCAGGCCAGCAAGGAGCAGCUCAGGGCGCAGCUGAGGCGACAGGAUGAGGAGCUUGAGCGGCGGCUGGUGGAAGAGAAAGGCAAGCACGCCAAGGAGCUCCGGAACCUGGAGGAGAAGCUGGAGGCCCAGCAGAAGGAGCGGUCCCUCUCAGCAGGGGUGGCGCGUGGUCUCCAGGAAGCGCUGGCCCAGAAGGCCCAAGAAGCCACGCAGCUGCAAGGCAGCCUGAACCAGGCGCUGGCCCAGCUGGCAGCCUUCACUCGGAGCAUGUCCUCCCUGCAGGACGACCGGGACCGGGUGAUUGACCAGUCCCGGGAGUGGGAGAAGAAGUUCAGCGAGGCCAUUGAGAAGAAGGAGCAACAGGUGCAGGCCAAGGAGAGGGCCUGCGCUGCUUUGGAGGACCAGGUGAAGCAAGCGGUCGCCCAGGUGGAGGAGCUGCGGAUUCAGGUCACCAGCCUGGAAAACAGCAAGUUGGCCUCUGAGGCCAAUUUCAAGAAGGAGCUUCAGCGACUGCAGGAAGAAGCAGAACUUCUCAAGAAGGAGAACACGGGUCUCGCGCUCCAGCUCGGGGAGCUACGGCAGUCGUUCAGCGACUCCCAGAACCGGCUCCAGAAGCAGGCGUCGGAGCUGCAGGGCCUGAGAGAGCAGCUGGCUGGAGUCCAGCGUUCCCUCGCCGAGUGCCAGGAGGCGCGGGAAGAAACGGAGAAGGUGGCGAAGCGUCAAGAGGCCGACCUCCGGGAGUGCAGAUUCCGCCAGGAGCAGCUGGAGCGGGAUCUGCGCUCCUCCAAGGAGUUGACAGACAAGCUCCACGAGGAGAUCAGCAGCCAGGAACAGAAGAUGAUCGGCCUCCUGGCUGCCAGGGAGGAAGCUGUCGCAGCAGCCCUGUCGGCGUCCCAGCAGCGACACGAGGAGGCGCUGAAAGAGAUGGAGAACAGGGUGGCCACGGGGGCCGAGGAGCGUGCAGCCUUGGAAGACGAGAGGAGGAGAGCUCUGGAGAAGGCGGAUCGUCUCCUGGAGAAGCUCAAGGGCGUCCAGGAGGAGAGCAGGAAGCACAAGGCCCAGCUGGACUCCUUCACCAAGUCCAUGUCCUCCCUGCAGGACGACCGGGACCGGGUCCUAGGGGACUACCAGCAGCUGGAGCAGCGCCACUUGUCCGGCAUGCUAGAGAAAGACCAGCUCAUCCAGGAGGCGGCGGCCGAGAACAACGGCCUGCGGGAGGAGAUCCGGGGCCUCCACGGCCGGGUGGACGACCUCCACGCCGAGAACGCCAAGCUGGACGCGGAGCUGACGCGCUACCGGGAAGAUCUCAACCAGCUCAUCUCCAUCAAGGACAGCCAGCAGAAGCAGCUCUCCCGGGUGCAGCUGGGUCGCAUCCAGGCCCUGGAGAAAGAGAAGGCCGCGGCGGAGGGCCUGCUGCAGGAGUCGCAGCGCUCCGCGGAGGCCCUGAGUCAGAGCAAACACCAGCUGGAGCAGGAGGUGAAGGGCCUGUUGAGUUCCCUCUCCCAGCUGCAAGCGGAGGUGGGGGAGCUGCAGGCCCAAGCGGACGAGGCCCAGGAGCUGAGCGGCCAGCUCUCCCUUGCCCGGCAGCAGGUGGCUGAACUCGAGGAGGAGCUGGGCCUCGUCCGGCAGGCCACGACCCAGCAGCUGCAAGAGGCGGAAGCCCGGAUGAAGGAGGAGCUGAAGAGCCUGCGCCACGACGCCGGGCUCAUGCGCAACGAGACCGAGACGGCCGAAGAGCGGGUGGCCGAGCUGGCCAAGGACCUGCUGGAGACGGAGCAGAGCCUCCUGGCCGCCACUGAGGAGAACCAAGACCUGAAGGCCCAGCUCCAGUCCUUCGGGAAGGCCAUGAGCUCCCUGCAGGAUAGCUGGGACCAGGCCAACGAAGAGCUGUGCGCCGUAGACAAGAAGUACGCCGGCGACUUGGAAGAGCAGCGGGCGCUGGUCCGGAGCCUGCAGGAGCAGAAUGCGGCGCUGCAGGGGGAGCUGAAGGCUCUGGCCGAGGAGCGGGCGGCGCUGGCCUCUGAGCUGGCCGCCCUCCGGGACUCUGGGGAGGGAAAGCAUCUCCGUGCCCAGCGGGAGAAGCUCGCCCAGCAGCUUCAGGCCAGAGACUUGGAGCUCCUCCACCUGACCUCGGAGCUCGAGGGGGCCUCUGGCCAAGUGGAAGCCUUCUCCAAGGCCAUGGCGAGCCUCCAGGACGAGCGAGACCACCUGCUGAGCCAGCUGGACAGAAGCCACCGGGAGCACGAAGCCCAGCUGCAGACGACUCCCGGCUCUUCGGCCGGCAUCGCAGAAGCGCAGAGCCUCAAGAGGGCCUUGUCCUCCUUGCAGAGUGACCGGGAACGGCUGCUGGCAGAACUGAAGAGCCUCCAGCAGCAGGCAGGGGUGGAUGCAGCCGAGCUGGCGCGUCUCGAGGCCCAGCUGGAGGAGCAGAAGCGAGAGGCGGAGCGGCAGCAGCAUCUGCAGGAGCAGAUGAGGCAAGAGAUGCAGCAACUCAGGGAGGAGAGGGCGGCGGAAGAGCUGAGCCACGCGCAGGCGGCUGUGAGGGAGACGAGACCCGGUGUUCCCUCCGUGGAGGUGGAGCAGCUCCAAAGAGAGGCUUCCCCGGAGGCUGCGUCAGGCUGGGAGGCAGAGACGACCCGUCUCCAGGCCCAACUCAAGAGCAGCUUGACGGAGAUGCACCAGAAGGAGAUGCGCAUCCAGCGGCUGAACAGCAAGCUCUCGCAGGUCUUUGAAGAGAAGAAUGCCCUCUCCCUCCAGCUGAGGGGAAGCAGCCGGAGCCUGCAGGAGAGUCAGCAACGCUACAGCGACGUCUUGGCCCACUGUGCGUCGCUGGAGAAGCAGCUGCAGCAGCCGCCUCCCGGAAAGGCCACAGGAUCCCUCUCAACAGACGCUGCCCCAGGAGCCCCACAGGAAAUAAGUGAACAUCCGAGGGAAAGCUACACCCCAGAGUUACAGGAGCUGCAGAUGAGGCUGUUGGCAGCUAAGGAGCAGGAGAGCUCUGCGAAGGAGGGCCUUCUGCAGCUGGAGGAGCUGCUGCAAGAGGAACGGGAACGGCGCCGGGCGGCCGAGGAGGCCUUUUCUGCAGCCCAGGAUCAUAUCCGCAGGUUGGAGUCAAGCGAGUGGGCGCAUUCUUUGGAAACCAGCAUCGACAUGCCCCCCUCCCCUGAGCACGCGCUGCUUGUCGGCUCCGCGGAGGGCACCUUCAGCAAGCCUCGGCAGAGCAGUGGCCACCGGCGCCUUCUCCGCUCCCUCUUCUGCUCUCGGACACGCCUGCCCCUGCUGGCCACGGUCUACCUCCUCACCAUCCAUGUGCUCCUCCUCCUUUGCUUCACGGGCCACCUGUAACAGCAGCCUCUGGACCCAUGAAAGUCGGCCGUGUCUUUGGGCUCUGCCUGCAGGGAGACGUGUCAGGCUGGAGGAGGCAGCUCCCCCAGGUGUUCCUUGGGGCAUCCAAUGCUCUACAAGAGCUGGCUGAUGGCAGAGGGGGGCGGGGGUGACCCUCCUGUCCUGCCAAUGAGACCCUGCCCCAGGGAUGCCUCUCACAUGGUGGCAGCGGCGGGACAGCUUGGAUCUCGCGUACGUUCAUAAAGAACCGCGCCGCCGUUUUCUGUUGACUGCGCACACUGAAUUUGGGUGAAGAUAAUUUACAGUUCAGGGUAAUUGGCCGGGAAAAGCAAGGGAGGAGUUUCCCUUCCCCCACUUGAUGCCCCCUGCAGAUCGUAGAGGAAUUUCCGGCAUUCUGCACAGGACGCCCGCUGUCCGGAAUUGGCACAGGCGUCGCGUGGGAUUCUGGGAAGGGGACCAAGUUUAGCCUGGUUGGCGUUUGCCUUGUUCUUUUGCACCUGAGGUUUUGGGUUCCUUGAUUUUGGCCCCUGGGGUCCGGGCUGGCUACAUGGAAGGGUCGGGAGCAGCAGACGCACGUCUCUCUCGCAUGCUGGGGAGGAGAGGAGGGAGGCGAUGUGGCUUCCGGCUCUGGGAGCUGCGGAACCUGUUCCUUGCACUGAAUGGAGACCAGGUGAAGGGGGGGGGGGUGUUAAAGCGUUUGGCUGAUGGGAGCCCCAGUAGCUCAGCCAAGCCUCUUCUUUCCAGGAUGAACUUUGAACUUUUGUCCUUCUCCUGUAGUCUUGGUUCUUCCUUUUGGGUCCCCCCGAGCUGUGACUUGGGGCUGCCCCCUGUUUGUGUCCUGCAGGACAUGUUGUCUGUGGGCUUCCUUUUCAUUUUCCAAACCCCACCCCCUGACCCCCCCCCCCCCCCCCCCGAAAUCCCACUUUGUGCAAUAAAGAUUAUUUUCCGAGA